AUGGCUCCCACCGUCCCCCCCGCCGUUGACUCGCUGUUAGAUCUCAUUGGUAACACCCCCCUUGUUAGACUUAACAAGAUCCCCCAAUCCUAUGGGGUCAAGUGUAAGGUCUACGCCAAGGUUGAGUUGUUCAAUGCCGGUGGUUCGAUCAAGGACCGGAUCGCCAAAAACAUGGUCCUCGAAGCCGAAAAGCAGGGCCGUAUCAAGCCCAACGAUGGCUACACUUUGAUUGAACCCACCUCGGGUAACACCGGUAUUGGUUUGGCCCUUGUCGGUGCCGUCAGAGGUUACAGAACCAUCAUCACUUUGCCCGAAAAGAUGUCCAACGAAAAGGUGUCGGUGCUCAAGGCUCUUGGCGCUGAAAUCAUCAGAACCCCCACCGAAGCCGCUUGGGACGCUCCCGAAUCGCACAUUGGUGUGGCCAAGAAGCUCGAGAAGGAAAUCCCCAAGGCCGUCAUCUUGGACCAAUACGGUAACGUUGCCAACCCCGACGCUCACUACUACACCACUGGUUACGAAAUCUGGGAACAAACCCAAGGUAAGGUCACCCACUUGGUUGCCGGUGCUGGUACUGGUGGUACUAUUUCUGGUAUCUCCAAAUACCUUAAGGAAAAGAACCCCAAGAUUGAAGUGACCGGGGCCGACCCUAAGGGUUCGAUUUUGGCUCAACCCGAAUCGCUUAACACCUCCACCGACGGUUACCUCGUCGAAGGUAUUGGUUAUGACUUCAUUCCUGAUGUUCUCGACAGAUCCACCGUCGACAAGUGGAUCAAGACCGAUGAUGCUGACCUGUUCAAGUUGGCUCGUCGUAUCAUCCGUGAAGAAGGUAUUCUCGUCGGUGGUUCGUCGGGUUCUUCGAUGCAAGCUGCCCUUGAAGUGGCUAAGGACUUGACCGAAGACGACGUCUUGGUCGUGGUGUUCCCCGAUUCGAUCAGAUCGUACCUCUCGAAGUUUGCCGAUGACGAGUGGAUGAAGACCAACGGUUUCGAAGUCGAAGAAACCUCGCAACAAACCAACACUGACGACUUCUUGGCGUCGAAGACCAUCAAGGACUUGGUGGCUGACAAGGCUCCCGUGGUUACCGUCACUUUGGCCGACACUGUCGGCAAGACCUUCGACUUGUUGCAACUGAAUGGUUUCGAUCAAUUGCCCGUCCUUAACGCUCAAGGUCAAUUGGUGGGGCUUGUGACUUUGUCCUCCAUUUUGAAGCUGUUGUCGACCAAGAAGGUGCAAUUGACCAACUCGAUUGCUCUGGUGAUCAUCGACUUCCGUAAACUUGCUGACUUCGAAAAGUCCUUCACCAUCUCCAAGGAAUCGGGCUACUCUAAGCGCAAGUACGAAGCUAUCACCUUGGACACCCCCUUGCUGAAGUUGAACAAGUUCUUUGAAACUAAGUCUAAUGCCAUUGUUACUGACAACGACAACAAGCCUGUGCAAAUCGUCACCAAGGUCGACUUGAUUUCGUUCUUGACCAAGAACACCUCGUUUUAA